GACGGUAUUAUAAACAGGGGGGAAGACGUUCAGGACGGACUGAACAUGGCGACGUUUGGCGGUUGUGGGAAUAAUCGUAUUGAUAACUUCGAUGUCAAAAAUAAGUCUCCAUUAGUUACACCGCAAAAAGUUCGCGAACUUCUCAAUGAAGGCGUUGUGUGUGAGGAAAGAAGACGGCACUGCGCGGAGCAGGAUGCAGAGACGGCGAAUCCCAACGGCCUGGGCGAAGUCCCCUGUGAGGCUGUCAGCAAGGAGGCCUUCUUCUCACGCGUCGAGUCCUAUUCCUGUCUGAAAUGGGCCGGGAAGCCCCCCGUGCUGUCCCCCCUGAGGUGUGCGAGGUACGGAUGGAUCAACAUCGACAGCGACAUGCUCAAGUGCUCCAGCUGCCAGGCCUUCCUGUGCGCCUCCAUCCAGACCUCUCAGGACAUCCUGAAAUAUGAAGGACGCAUAUUAGAGUUGACAAAACUACUACAGACACAACAUGAGAAGUUUUGCUUCUGGCCUGAUUUUCCCUGUCCAGACCGUUUCUGGAUGGUUCCGGUGAACGAGCCUGGUGUUCUCCUCAACGCCUUCCUGGAGCGCUUCAAGAGCUCCUGCCUGCUGGAGCUACAGCUGCCCGCAAUGAAGCCUGAACAUCUCAAAGCCAUGGCUCUGACGGAGGACGUGAUGGGGAUCCUGCUCCAGCUGAUCGAGGAGGAGCUGCGGAAGGAGGGGCGCUCGCCCGCCAAGCUCCUGGCCGAGCCGCUGUCCAUCCAGGUGGCCGCCUGCAUCGUGGCGCUCUGUGGCUGGGCUGCCAGCUCCACCCUGAACUCCCUGCACCUGCCCAUCCUCACCUGCUCGUACUGCCAGCGCAAGGUGGGGCUGUGGAGCUUCCACCAGAUCGAGGGGACGGGGGUGAGCGAGGGGGGGGACGAGUGCUUCAGCACCCCCGGCACGCCCUCCACCCCCGGCCCGGGACAGGAGGGGCGGGCGGACCGGGCCGCACCCUCCUCCCCCACGCCCUGCCGGAUGAAGCUCCGCAGCCAGGACGUCUCGCGCCCCGAGCAGCCCGAGGCCAGCCCGUCCCCCGUGGCCCGGACUCGGAGCAGGGACUCCCCCAGCCCCAUCGAGGAGCCGGCCAGCCCCCUGCCCCGGGGCAAGAGGCCGAUGACCCGCAGCCGUGGGCAGGGAGAGGGGCCCGGCGGGGAAGUGCCCUCCAGCCCCCAGCGCAAGGCCAAGCGCCCCCGCCUGUCCUCCUCCAGCAGCCCGGAAGCGCACCUGCACAGGAACGUCUUCGACCCUGUGGCUCAGCACAGAGAAUGGUGUCCCUGGGUGAGCACAGGGAGAGGUGACAUGCACCGGGAGGCUCCGCCCACUGACUCCCAGGCCCCGCCCCCGGAAACGGACGACCCCCAGCCGGGCUGGAAGGCCUCGCUCUCCCUCUUCCUGUCCAUGAAGAAGUGUCUGAGCCCCACAGGAACCAGCCCGUCCCAGGGUCUCCAUGACAAGUCGAAGAGGGUGUUUAAGAUAUUCCGCCAGUGGCAGGUGUCCUCUUCCUCCCAGUAACCUCUCCCCCCUCCAGUCAUGGUGCAUCUCGACGCCUGGUGUGAUACUUUUUUUGUGUUUUUUACGUAGAGCCGGUGCUUAUGGAAUCUGGUUGGGGAUUUGCAGUGUACAUUUGUGUCCAUG